AUGCACCAUCGACUCCUUCUCUCAUUCUCAACCAAUCAUAGUUGGGUUGAGUGUCCAGGUGGCUCAGCUCCUAUAGAUGCAGACUUUGACCCCGAAUCUGAUCCUGAAUCAGGAUCCUAUUUUGAUGACCCUAAACCUGAUCCUGAAUCAAGAUCCUAUUUUAACGACCUCGACCUUGACUAUGACGACGAUGACCCCGACAUCGACUCAGAUGAUGACCCUGACCCUGACUCCGAUGAUGACCUCGACCCCGACUUCGAUGAUGACCCAAACCCCGAAUUUGUCUCUAAUUUAGACCCAGAUUCCUACUUCGACUUAGACUCCGGCCUAGACUCAGGCUCAGCUCCCGAUCCAAAUUCCUACUAA